GCUACAUAUAGAUCCAAACAACCCCUAUAUGAACCUGCGUUCAAGCCGGAGAACUGGCGGCGGCCACCGCGUCGACGACCGGCGCCGAAGCAGCCGCACGGCGCUACUCUAUGGCCGACUUCCCGCUGCUCGCGCAGUUUUACCCCAUGCCUGCGGCUCUGCCGCCUCGGCCUUUUCCUGUCGGUGUCACCCCGCCGAACUUAUGGGACCCUCCAACGCCAUCAGCUGCGCCACCGGCAAGCAGCUCCCACAGCUCAUCACCGGCGGGAGCUCCGACCCCAUCGCCGCCUCUUGGUUCAUCAAGGACCGGGACCGCAGCAUCAUCAUCUCGCUCUCGGCCAAGACUAAUGAAGAAGUGACACACAGGGGGCCAAGAGGGGAAAGCCCGGCCUGCUACAGACCGGCCCAUUAUUUGGCCCGCUAAACUCCUUUCAGCUUCCCGUCCCACACACACACACACACACACACACACACACACAGAGUUUUGCAUCAGCGGAAUUCAUGUAGUUGCAUGUCCUAAUAACUUGAUGGUUGGUUCUUCUAUUGACCAGCAGACAAAAUUUCGGAUACUACAUAGAAUUUCCACCAUAAUUGAAUUGAAGGAGGAAAAGAUCAGUUUUUUUUUAGGGGUGUCCACUUGAUCAGGUGAUUGUGAUUGAUCGAGAGACGGGGUGAAAACAAAAGGUUGCUUUGUCUCCCCCUGGUGGGAGUCCAAUAGGCCCGCAGCGCUGGAAAAGUGUGCUGUGCAA